UUUGACAUCGUCACGUUUAUGUAUAAAUAGCAGUGGACAUGCACACUCACGAGAACGAUGGCAAUUAUUUCUAGAACUCAUCCAUGCACCCCGCCUGUUAGCUACAGAGGAAAAUUUCGACAGCCCGUGAUGACAGUGCAAUUCUGUGGAUUGUUUCUCUGCGCCUUGCUUACUUCAGCGCUGCCAUCACAAGCUGGGUCACCUAUUGACAAAUUGAUGCCGCCUGAGGUUGCAAAAUCAGAAAUACAUGUAACCAUAAUCAAGCAUUUACACGGCAAUUGUCAAGCUGGAACAGCCCUUGGCUUAUAUUUGGGAUAUACUCUGCCAUCCUCUGGGGACUAUCUUCAUCCGAUCAGGGAAGAGACGUUCGAACAAACCAUACGUCUUGCCCAACUCGUACCUGAAAUGAAGGUUUACUCCUGCGAGUGCUGUCCCGAGGAAAAGGCAAGGAUAAACGUAAGGGAUUGCGAUCUUUGCGUAGAGCAAUAAAACUGCAUGGGUCUUAUUUAACAAGGUCGGACAGAUGUCUACUCCACACACGCCGUAUAACGUUUAAAACUCGCAUAUAAAGCGUUUUAUUUUCAAAGAUCAAAUGUAGCAAAAUUUUGGAGGAGUUAAAGGCACUGUAACAUGAUUUUAAACAAGUGUUACAAACAUGAUUUCAAAAAGUCAUGCGUUUAAC